AUGGCCACCCAACGCUUUAAGAUCCUCGUCCUUCUCGGCCUCUACAUAUUCACUUCCUCAGUCCAGGCUCAAAUUGCCGUCACCACGACUUCCACCUUCAGGUCGACAACACUGCCAACUCCAUCCACAACCACUGAAGUAUACACACCAUUUGCGGUCUGCGCCACCGGGGGCGGUGACUGGUAUAUCGACCCUCCAACGGCGACCCAGCUAGCGGAUCUGUUCUGUGAUGAAGCUUAUAUGCCGGGGAAUCUGCCCGCCCAAGGCCAAGAAUUCGACGCCAAUGAGUAUCCAACGGACCUCAUCCCGGUCACGGCCGACGACACCAACAACGCCAGUCUAACCACCGCGUCCGCGGCAACGGUGCCAAACUACACCCUCACCGAACUGUCAGGGGUCAUACUCGCGGCUCGCCUCGUGCGCUGGCACCCCAAAGUCAUCGAUAAUGUCACGUAUGUGUCCGGCACUCAGGCACAGUGCGACCUGGACGUCCAGCAGGACCAGUGCCGCGCCGGUCUCCGCCAUGUCAUCGACAAGUGCCAGUGGAACAGCCACUACUUUGGCGGUGUCAAUUUCUGGCUGACCGGCUGUGGAAUGUAUAGCGUGCAAAUCGCCAACUGUUCGGGCAAUUGGCUCGAUCCGAACUGCGAUCUGUGGCACAGGAAGUGGCCCGAUGUGGGUAGCGGGCCCAGCGAGUCGUUUCUACCCACCACCGCGCCCUCGCCCACCACUACAGCAGCAACGGCGAUGGCGUGGAGGGCUUGA